AUGUUCAGAUCAAUGCUUGCUAAAUCCGCUUCCCCGGUGAAGCAGGGGCUUCUCCACAGAGGAUUCGCCUCCGAAUCUGUUCCCGAUCGCAAAGUCGUCAUUCUCGGUGCCGCCGGUGGGAUCGGCCAGCCUCUUUCUCUCCUCAUGAAGCUUAACCCUCUCGUCUCCUCUCUCUCCCUCUAUGAUAUCGCCAACACUCCCGGCGUUGCUGCUGACGUCGGCCACAUCAACACCCGAUCUCAGGUUGCUGGAUUCAUGGGUGAUGAUAAUUUGGGGAAAGCUCUUGAAGGAGCUGACCUCGUCAUUAUCCCAGCUGGCGUCCCGAGGAAGCCAGGCAUGACCCGUGAUGAUCUCUUCAACAUUAAUGCUGGCAUUGUCAAGAACCUCAGCAUCGCCAUCGCCAAGUACUGCCCACAAGCACUUGUCAACAUGAUCAGCAACCCAGUGAACUCCACUGUUCCGAUUGCAGCUGAGAUUUUCAAGAAGGCUGGUACGUACGAUGAGAAGAAACUCUUCGGUGUUACCACUCUUGACGUUGUUAGGGCCAGGACUUUCUAUGCUGGAAAAGCCAAUGUCAAUGUUGCAGAGGUUAACGUUCCAGUUGUUGGUGGUCAUGCUGGCAUUACCAUUCUUCCUCUCUUUUCUCAGGCAAGUCCUCAAGCCAACUUGUCAGAUGAUUUAAUCAGAGCCCUCACUAAGCGUACCCAGGACGGAGGAACAGAAGUCGUGGAGGCGAAAGCUGGGAAAGGUUCAGCUACAUUGUCAAUGGCCUAUGCGGGAGCACUGUUUGCUGAUGCGUGCUUGAAGGGACUCAACGGUGUUCCAGAUGUGGUGGAAUGCUCAUUCGUCCAGUCCACCAUCACCGACCUUCCUUUCUUCGCCUCCAAGGUGAGAUUGGGGAAGAACGGAGUGGAGGAAGUGCUUGAUCUAGGGCCACUCUCAGACUUUGAAAAGGAAGGCUUAGAAGCCCUCAAGGCUGAGCUCAAAUCCUCCAUCGACAAGGGUAUCAAAUUUGCCAACCAAUGA